AUGCUUGUAAAUUCUCUCUCCAGCCAUGAAGAUCCUCAUUUCUUUUUCAACAUUCAUGCACAAGCUGUGACACUUGUACUGAUUGACAAUGACAUUCAUGAAGCAUCAUUAAAUGAUGAAUUUUAUACCUCAAUGAACGAGUUGUCCUCGAGAGGUUUGCUGUUGGAUAAGCUUAAAACCAAGUUGAGAAAAACCAGGAACAAGCCCUUCUCUCUCGCUUUUAAAAACAUUUUCACAAUUGACAAGAUGUCAUUUCACAAGAGUCGUGCUUUGUACGCAGCCCACUCGAACAAACAAUUGACGUUCAGUUAUCCUCUCGACGUGAAAAUUAGCUACACGCACCAAUGUUUUUGCGUGAGCGAUAAUGGUAAUGACCGAAUUUUAAUUUUUGACUUGGAAUCCAAACAAUUAAUCAUGAAUUUUAAAAAUUCUUCAACAGUUCAAGCUGGACAUUUAUAUAUUGAGGAGUUGUUCAAUAGCGAAAAUACUGAAUAUUCACGAGCCACUGAGACAGUUCAAGAAGAUGCCUUAUAUUUUGCCUCUCACGGAAAUUCCAUUUCGAAAUACAAUUUAAAUGAAAUAUUGAAGAAUGGCAAAAAGAGUGACAUGAUAUGGAAGUGCUCAAAUUUUAAAGUGGUUACUGGAAUUGCACUUUUCAAGCAAAAAUUUCCUAAUCAAGUCUUUGUUGGAGACUUUGCAGAUCGUUGUGUGAAAAUUCUUGACUCUGAGAAUGGACAAAUUUUACAAACAUUUUACGUUGAAGGGUGUCCUUGGGGUUUGGAAUUCAAUACCAUUAAUGGAGAUUUGAUUGUGAGUAACAAUAGUUCGAGUGGUAUUAACAUUUACAGAAAUAGUGGAAUGAUAGAAAAUUCAGAUGAACUUGGCAACAACUCGAGCAUCAAAGAAGCGCCUGUGUGGAAAUGCAUUCGUACUGUUGGAACUCAUGGAUCCACAGUAGGAUGUUUUUCAUUUCCACGAGGAAUGACUUUUGACAGCUGCUCAGAUCUAUUACUCGUGAUCGAUCACAUGAACUGCAGAAUGCAAGUAAUGAAUUUACAUGAUGGAACAGUAGUGAAAUGUUUCGGGAGCAAAGGUCGAGGAGAAUCUCAAUUCAUGUUGCCUGAUGGUCACUGUUUGAAUCGACUGACAGGAGAAUUGUUUCUUUGUGACACCCAUAAUCAAAGAGUUCAAAUUUUCGUUUGA